UAAUUGUAUUCCGAUUUUAUUAAUAUUUCUGACUGUAGUGUGUACUAUUUGCAGCAAUUUAAGAAUAACCACAAAUAUGGAGAAAGCACAAAACUCACUGACCAAAGCAGAUACAAAUCCUUCAUGCAAACAUAAAUGCCUCAUUUGCAGCAAAGGAUUUUCACAAAAAAGCAGCUUUCUGUCACAUUUCAAACUACAUACAAAAUCUGACUUGUACCAAUGUGAUUACUGUCUUAAGUCCUACACGAGAAAGUCUACUUUAGAACAACACAUCAGGAAACAUACUAAAUCAAAUAUCUUCCAAUGUGAACUAUGUGAUAAGUAUUAUACAGUUAAAGCAAAACUGCGGAAUCAUGUAAGAAGUCAUCAGAAUGUAAAAGUUUUUGCCUGCCAUAUAUGUAAUCAAAGCUAUACAUAUAAGCAUAGCCUGGCAUCUCAUUUGCUUUCGCAUAAAGGUCUCAUACACACUUGUGAAUAUUGUGGCAAAGUGUACAGGAAUAAAGCGAAUGUAGAAAGACAUUUAUUGACACAUAAAGGUUUAAAAACGUUUGAAUGUAAUGUGUGUUUAAAGAAAUUCUACCAAAAGGUACAUUUGCUGAAGCAUUUGGUUAUCCAUAGUGGGGAGAAGAGAUUCCUAUGCCCUGUUUGCGGCAAAAGUUUUAGUAGAAAAGACAGUUUGGUGAAACACGGUAAAAUGCAUACUAUAAAAUAUAAAGACAAUAAUAUAGAAAUGCUAGAUGCUAAUAGAGAUGAUAUUGAUGAUAAUAUUAUAGUACAAAGAAUUUACAAACUUAGUAAUAAGAGAAAUGACAAUAUAACAGAUAAUUAUGAAAUUGAUGACAACCAAGGUGGAUUUCAAAAUAGUAAUAUCAUAGAUGAUAAAGAUUUUAUAAACACAAGUUUCACUUCCAAUUAUGAUGAAAACACAAAUGAUAUCAGUAAAGUUAACAUAAAAACAAAUGACAUCAUUCCAAAUAUGAUUUCAAAAUUAGAAGAUACAAAACAUAAAUGCGCAAUAUGCAAUAAGGGUUACAAGCACGCAAAAUCAUUGAAACUACAUACAAGACUACACACAUUAGACGCAUUAGUGUGUGAGAUAUGUUCAAAAGUGUUUGCUGUGUUUAGCAAGUAUGAAGCACAUAAGCUGUCUCAUAUGGGUGUGAAGCUGUUUGGAUGUGAGUUGUGCGAGAAGAGGUUCACAGCGAGGCACUCUUUGGAGGCGCACUACAGGGCACAUAAUGGAGAGAAGCCGGUGCAGUGUGCGGAGUGUGGGAUGAGGUUCACAAAGCAAAGCUCCCUCACCCGGCAUUCGGGCGCACACCGACCGCACAGGCCGACGCGCGCACACCGACCACCCGGCGAGCUGCUGUGCGCCGCAUGCGGCCGCCGGUUCCGUAGGCAGGACGCGCUCCGUGUUCAUAUGAGGACUUGCCUUAAAUAA